CCCAAACACAUCAUCAUUAGGGGACAGGACUGAACAGAAUGGAGUGAGGCCCAAAGCAUGAAACAACAAGCAUGUCUUAAUGGGAUGUGUGAGGUUGUGAUUUAAGAUAAUCUGGUGGUGAACCUGAAACUGGACAAAGUGGAGUGAUGUGAUAACCUGGUAAGGCCAAUGACACAAGGGUAUGCCUAUCAUCAGCAGUUGCAGAAUCAUUCAGACCAAAACAUCCCAUAAGAUCUUGUCAUAUGGGGCUCACAUUUGAGCACUGCCAGACCAACAGGAGGAUAGAGAUGUCCAUGCUAACAGUCAGCAAAGAGAUGGAAGAAGAAUCAACAGGUUCACUCAAUCACAGGCUGGUCGGGGCUUGCUGUCACUGCGCGCUGAGAUGUUGGAGUGACCAUGGCUGCGCAAGUUGCAUCGGCUCCGACCAGAACUAAUAACAAAAAUAAGAAAUUAUCCAGCGGUUUGGGUCCGGAGCUCAAUUCGGGGAAAUCCGGAGGAGUAGGAGGAGGAGGGACCGUACCGCGGACUGGACCGAUGCUGGGUGCCGGAGAUGGGACUCUGAAUAAUGUAGACCAUCACCGCCGAAACGAGCUCAACAUGGUUCAUUCAACUUCCACGACUCACAGCGCUCCGGACAGUCACGAUAAGGAUGGGAAUAACCUCACGUCCGCCCCGGCUUCGACAAAUUCAAACACUUCCUCGAUGGAAGCGGGUUUGAUCGCGAACCACAAGCUGAAAUGUGUGGGGAGCGGAGAUCCCCCUCAGUCUCAACCGCCGCAGCAGCAGCAGCCGCCGCCGCAAUUUGGCCAAUUUGCGCCACAUCAGCAGCGACAGAUUCAAAGUAACAACACCGCCAAUAACAACGGUCAGGGCCCCCGAGGGGACAGAGGUAUGGAUCACCAACACCACGGAGGAAAAGAGAACCUGUUGGGGGGCCAAGGGGAGCCACAGCAGCAGCACAUGCCAGGGAAAGGCGACGCGGAGCUCACCUGUAAACCCGCUGAGAGGAUGAUGGGUAGCAGGUAUGAACACUCCAACUUAGGGCCAAUUAGCAACAACUCUGAGUUUAAUAACAACUAUUACACUCCGAGGCCCUGCUACGAGCAACAUGGCGGACAGCAGCAACAGAGCAGUGGGAUGGGGAUAACGCACUCCUCGGCACAUAACAGCAUGGAGAACUCCCACGAAGCAGGGUACCACAACACUCAGUACAAUCAGUACCCGGCGUACCGCGCGGGCUACGGCGGAGGGGCCUACGGGAUGAUGGGCCCUUCAGGAUGCAGGCAACCUGGGAACAUGAUGAUGGGCAGCAACUCCUCUGCCAGCCACAGCAAGUCUCCCCUGGGUGCUGCUCCAGGGGGCUUUCAGAGGUUCCCAGGACAGACUCAGCCUCAACAGCAGCAGCAGCAUCCCUCAGGGGCCACCCCGACCCUCAACCAGCUGCUGACGUCUCCCAGCCCCAUGAUGCGGGGGUACGGCGGUGCCUAUCAAGACUACAGCGGCUCCACGGCGCAGCAGCAAGCCGGCGUGGGUCUGGGGAAGGACGUGGGGCCCCAGUAUGGAGCCAGCUCGGCACACGGCUGGGGAGGGCAGCAGAGGAACCACCCUCAUUCUAUGAGCCCGGGGAACGGAGGGCAAGGCCUAGGCAGGUCACAGGUGGCUUCCAUGGACUUCAUGGCAAUGAAGCGCUCACAGCUCUACAACAUGGCCAACAACCCCUACCCCACUCCACAACAGCCAGGGGGCGGACCUUACCCUCCCAGCCAGACGUACCCAUCCCCUGCUACGCACAGAUAUCCAAUGAGCAUGCAGGGGCGGGGCCAAAUGGGCAUGGGCGGGAUGCAGUACCCUCAACAGCAGCAGGUGGCUCCAUAUGGCCAGCAGGGGAUGGGCGGGUACAGCCAACAGCAGCAGGCGGGGCAGCAGGGAACCCCUCCGUACUUCAGCCCCCCUCAGCAAACCCCUCCAGGCCCGACCCAGAGCCCCUACCUACAGCCUCGACCGCCGCCACAACAGGAGACUCAGCAGGAGACCUACAGCUCAAGAGGUCCUGCCCCAGGGAACUCUGGGAAGGCAAACAAUGAAGAUGGCGUGGCCCAUGAUCGCCCGUCCAGUCUACCGGAUCUGUCCGGCUCGAUUGAUGACCUCCCCACCGGGACAGAGGCCGGUCUGGGCUCAGCCGUCAGCGCUGGCGGCUCCUCCAGCAGCAGCAGCAGCAGCCAAGGGGAGCAGGGGGGGGCUGGCAACCAGGGACAGUCCCCCUUCUCCCCUCAUGCUUCCCCCCACCUCCCCAGCCAGAGGAGCGGGCCCUCUCCCUCCCCUGUGGGCUCGCCUGCAGGCUCCACUCAGUCCCAGCAGUCACGAUCAGGCUCUGGACCCAUCUCUCCUGCCAGCGGACCCUCAGUCAACAACACGGCACCGGGUUCUACAGUGGCCCCACAGAACACUGGGAAUGGACCAGACGGAGGCCACCCACCAAACACCCGCUCGCCCAUGGCUCAGGACAGAGGGUUUCUGUCCAGCAUGCAGAGGAACCAGGCUGGCUCUCAGUUUGCAUCUCCUCAGUCUGGACCUCCAAUGUCCCCCCACCCCUCACCUGGGGGUCCACUGUAUCCUGGGAUGGGUCCUUACUCCCAGAGCGGCCCCUCUGGCCCUUAUGGACCUCAAGGAUCCCAGUAUGGACACCAAGGUAACUACCCUCGACCCUCCAACUAUGGCGGGCCUGCCAGCACCAGCACCAGCUACAGCGGCCCCGGUCCUGGCAUGACCAACAGUCUGGGAAUGAAUGCCAGCAGCCCCAUGCAUGGCCAGGGCCCCGGCCAGCCUAUACCUGCAGGACGCGGCCAUGGCCCUGGCAGCCAGAAUAGGGUGUACCCCCCCAUGGCUCCAAGCUCCCCUGGGAUGCCUCAACCAGCUGGGCCUGGGAUGGGACCGCCUUUGGGUAGCUCUAACCGCAAGGGCCAAGAGGGAGCUGCUACGGUUGCUAUGCCAGGAUCUGCAAAUUCAACACACAACAGGCAGGGCAGCUAUCAAGGCCCUGGCAUGAGCCCAGUGAGCACCAUGACUACCACCGUCCCCUACAGCCAGCCGACGGGGAACAACGGUUCGGCGAUGGGAAACGCACAAGGUCCAGCCUACAACAUGCCACCUUCAGGAGCUAUGGGAGCAUCUGUCGACGGGAUGAUGAGCCCAGAUGGGAAACCAAAAACGGACCUAAAAGACGACAGCAGCUCCGCCAACACCAACGAGCCUCAUAAACCAAAGCAGCUCCAGGACGGCUACAGCAACAACAACAACAGCAGCGGCUCCCAGCAGUGUGUGUCCCAGCCAGCCACGCCAGGAGGUGCUCUACCCGUGCCCUCCCCACUCUCACCCAGCCCUGCCAGCCUGUCCUCAUACCAUGGAGAUGACAGUGACAGCAUCAGCAGCCCCCCCUGGCCCCUCAAGACCCCCUCGAGCCCUAAAACCAACCCUAAUUCCUCAUCCCUCACUGGGGAGCGAAUCACACGGCUGUUUGAGCUGGGUGUGGAACCAGAGAGGCGGAGCUGGGUGGAGCGAUACCUCAACUUCAUGGAGGAGCGGGGCACACCUGUUGCCCAGCUUCCCAUUGUGGGCAAGAAGCCACUGGACCUCUGGAAGCUCUACAUCGCAGUGCGGGAGAUAGGAGGCCUCGCUAUGGUAAACAAGAACAAAAAGUGGCGUGAGCUGUCUACCAACCUCAAUGUGGGAACAUCCAGCAGCUCAGCCAGCGCCCUCAAGAAGCAGUACAUCCAGUAUCUGUUCGCCUACGAGUGUAAGAUGGAGAGGGGAGAGGAGCCACCAGGAGACAGCAGCAGCAGCAGCAUGGCGGGAGUGGACAGCAGGAAGCAGGUCAAGAUCCAGCCACCAUCACCUGCUAACUCAGGCGGCUCCCUACAAGGCCCUCAGACGCCUCAGUCCUCUGGCAGCAGCUCCACAGCGGAGGCAGCAGGGGAUCUGAAACCCCCCACACCUGCUACCACCCCUCUGGGACAAGUCACACCCCUGCCCCCCAACAGAAGCAGUGUGAGUGUUCAGGACCCCUUCUCUGAGGUGAGCGACCCGGCCUUCCAGAAGCGUGCUAGCUCUCUGCCCCCCUCGGCUCCGUACCAGCAGGGCCUCAGCAUGCCUGACAUGAUGAUGAGGAUGCAGUACGACACCAAGGAUCCCUUCGCCGGGAUGAGGAAGAUGGCAGGAGCUGAUCCCUACAUGCCCAGCCAGAUUCCCGGCAGUGGUAUGCAGGACAUGUAUGGUCGACCCCCAUCAGCCUUGAGCAUGAGCCAGCGCUCACAGUACCCCUACGGGCCAGGCUACGACCGCAGACCGGACCAUAUGAUGGGGAUGGAGGGAAGCAUGGGCCCCCCUGGGAGUCAGAACAGCAUGGGGCCCUCUAACAGCGAUGGCAGCAUGUACUCUCCAAGCAGAUACCCUUCACAGCAGAGACAUGAUGGCUACAGUCAGCAGUUUCCUGGUAUGCCAUACGGGAUGCAUCCGUCAGGGAUGUACCCACAGCAACAGGGCUACAAGCGGCCCAUGGACGGCAUGUACGGCCCCCCUCCCAAGAGACACGAGAGUGACAUUUACGCCAUGCAGUAUGGCAACCAGCAGCCAGACGUGUAUAACCACUAUGGAGGAGGGUACUCGGGCCCUGAACACAGACCCCUCCAGGGACAAUUCCCCUUCCCCUACCCCAGAGACCGAAUGGCCCCCUCAGGUCAGAGCCAGCACAGUAUGAUGGGCGGAGGGCCAACUCCUAACCAUGCUUCUGAUGGCCCCAACAUGUGGCCCUCCAGGACAGACCUUGGCUACCCCUACGCAAACAGGCAGGGCCCCCCCUCACAAAUGCCACCUUAUGGCUCAAUGAGCAGAGAUGACAUGGACGGGCGGCCGGGGCAGGAGCCAUGGCACCGUCAAUCUGCCUACAUGACAUCAUCAGGUGGGAUGGCCACCCUGUCGUCACGCCAACCAUCUCCUUAUUCCAACUCUCCCUCCAUGGCAAACCACCUGCCCAGGGCCCCCAGCCCGGGGUCCUUCCAGAGAUCCAUAGACUCUCGAAUGUCACCCAGCAAAGCACCAUUCAUGUCCUCCAUGAAGAUGCAUAAGCCUGGGAUGAGCAUGAUGGGCCCUCAGGGCAGCGGACCCCUUGGUCAGUUUCCUCCAAAUCUGAGGCGGGACCUCAACUACCCACCGGGUUCAGUGGAGUCCUCCUUGCCGACCAUGAAGCCUCGACGCAAGCUCAACUCCAAGGACACUGGAACGCCUGAGGCCUGGCGCGUGAUGAUGUCUCUGAAGUCAGGCCUGCUGGCAGAGAGCACAUGGGCACUAGACACCAUCAACAUCCUGCUGUACGACGACAGCACUGUGGCCUCCUUUAACCUCUCCCAGUUGCCUGGAUUCCUCGAGCUCAUUGUGGAGUAUUUCCGUCGUUGCCUGAUCGAGAUCUUUGGCAUCCUGGAAGAGUUUGAGGUGGGGGCCUUGCCUCAGAAAACCUUAUUGGACCCCUCUGCUAAGCAGAAAGAAGAAGCCAUCCCAGAGCUGGAAGCAGAUUCUGCUGUCCAACCUGAACCUGAACCUGAACCUGCACCUGCACCUGAACCUGCUCCCGCACCAGAGACUCAAGUGGAACAAGCAGGAGGUGCAGUGGAGGAAGCAUUACCAGUUAAUGCAGAUCCAGAGGCAGUUGAGGUGAAAUGUGAGAAGGAGGAGUCAGAGGUUAGUUUAAAGAAGGAGGGUGAUAAAGAGGACAAAGAGAAAGAGGGAAAAGAAGAAGAAGUAGAAGAACGGGAAAAAGCAACAGAGAGUAAAAAGGACUGUGCAGACUUGCCUGUUGCAGAGCUAGAACCAAAACCUAAACAAGCCAGUAAAUACGAUAAGUUCCCUGUUAAGAUUGUACAUAAAGAGGACCUGAUUGAGGACAUGACAGAGCACUUAGGUUAUGUCACUGAGUUCACCAGCGGGUUGCUCCACUGGCAGGCUGGUGGCGGGGAUUCCACGGCACACAUUCAGACACAAUUUGAGCCCCGGUGUGAUCCACCCACCAGAACCCAGGACAAGAAAAGACAAGAAAAUGACAAAGAAAACAAGGAGGACGAUGCACAGGAACAACUUCUGAAACAUAUCACGGCUACCAUUGAUGAUGUUCUCUGUGCGCGAGUUGACGCUCUUUCUUAUGCUCACCCUGCGCGCACCCUGCCAUCUUACCCCUUUAGAGUGCAUUCAGACGGGGAGCAGGACCGCAUCACCCUGCUGGAAGAUGAGCCCCGCUGCCUGGAUGAGGCUCCGCUCACCAUCACCUCUGACUGGCAGGACACACUGGCCAAGCGCUGCCUCUGUGUCUCCAACAUAGUCCGGAGCCUCUCCUUCAUUCCUGGGAAUGACUGUGAGAUGUCACGCCACCCAGCUCUGGUUCUCCUUCUGGGCAGGCUGCUCUUGCUGCACCACCAGCACCCAGAAAGGAACCGUUCGCCACCCACCUACCAGAGAGACGAGCAGCAGGAGCAGGGUCUGUCCAGCAGCAAAGAGGAGUGGUGGUGGGAGUGUCUGAGUCUGCUCAGGGAGAACGCCAUGGUCACUCUGGCCAACAUCUCGGGACAGCUGGAUUUCUCAUGCUGCCCCGACACCAUCUGCCUCCCCAUCUUGGAUGGCCUCCUCCACUGGAUGGUGUGCCCUUCAGCUGAAGCCCAGGACCCCUUCCCCUCAGCGACCCCCCACUCCCAGCUCACGCCCCAGAGGCUGGUGCUGGAGUGCCUCUGCAAGCUGAGCAUCCAGGGCGGCAACGUUGACCUCCUGCUAGCCACACCGCCUUUCAGCCGGCAGGAGAAACUCUUCACUGUCUUGGUCCGCUACGUGGGUCAGAGAAAGGCGCAGGUGUACAGGGAGAUGGCCGUAGCCGUCCUCUCCCACCUGGCUCAAGGAGAUCCAAUGGCUGCACGUGCCAUAGCCAUGCAGAAAGGCAGCGUGGGUAAUUUGGUUGGCUUCUUGGAGGAUGGUGUCAGCAUGGCACAGUACCAACAGAACACUCACAGCCUGCUGCACAUGGGGCACCCACCCAUGGACCCACCUAGCAUAAACAUGAUGUGCAGAGCAGCAAAAGGCCUGUUAGCUAUGGCUAAAGUGGAGGAGAACAAGACAGAGUUUGUGCUUUAUGAAAGCAGAUUAUUAGACCUCUCCAUCUCCUCGGUGCUCAACACAGGAGUGGUGGGUUUCAUUUGCCAAGUUCUCUUUCACUUAGGGAAAUCAUGACAAAAGGAGAGGCAGGACUCGUGGCAUGGCGGACACUAAAUAUUUCUGUGUUUUUCUAUUUUUAUUUAUCAAAAUGACAGAAAAUGUUUGUUUUUUUAAAAGAAAUAUCCACAUAAACAAAAUAUCUCUAUAUAUGUAUAGCUUCGGGGCCCUGUUAAAAAAAAGAAGUGGCUUUGGGAUUUGAAAGCUCAUUUUAAUACAAAUAUUUAAUACCUGCUGGUGUUGGAUUGCUACAUUUGAUAUUCUGUUUGGCAUUUGUUUUCGUUUGUUUACUUUUUCAGCCAAAGCUGCCACCAGAUUUUGGUGCUGAUUUACGUGGUUCCUUUAGAGUCGAUGAGUCGUUGAGAUGUUUUUCAGUUUUAUAUAUGCUAAUAUACUCAUCAACAUUUUGUUAAUGGAGAGUAUUUAUUUAAAAUGUGACACUGUACAGUAGUUUGAACUUUUUUGCCAACACUCAUGGGGGAAAAAACACUGACUUUUUCAAUUGAAAUGUAUAUGUCUCCAUCGCUGGAAGAUAAAAUUGUGCAAUAGGACUAGAGCAAGUUGUCCCUUUUUGAGAACAAGGAGAUGUAACUCUUUAAAGACACCUGCAGUGUGUGCUUAAGGCCAUGAGGAGGCAGCAUUGCACCAGCCAAACAACAUGAGAAGCGUGUCUGUCUAAAGAAGUGUCUAAUUUAUCAAUCAUAGCCUCAGCGACGUUCACAGAUGGACUUUGUGUUUCCUAAGCACUUGUGUUAUGUCUGUAUUUUUUCAUCACUGUGUAUAUAAACCGUACGAUGGGCGCACAUAUUUCUUUCAGUCUCAAUUGAGCAUAGCAAGAGAUGGGACUUUGUGACUAUAACAAAUGCUUUUAUUGUUGGUAAAAUUUGUUAUUGUUAUUAUACAUAUUUUGUUAAUGGGGUCAAAUAUUUGAACAUUGCAGAUGUACCUGAUGUUUCAAUGUAAAAUUCCUGUAUGCAUUGUAUUAUAGCUGAGAAAACAAUCGCUUUGGUAAUCAAACAUGGAAGUGCCAGGGUGAGAGGAUAUGUAGGAGAGGCUACUUUAUGAAACUGAACACAUUUCUGUUCGUUACUGUCCUCCAUUCAUGUCAAUGGGCAUAUUUUUAAAUCUACAUAAUGCUCUAAAAGAAACGUGUGAAAAGAACCUUCAAAAUGUCCUGAAAGCUCAUUGUAAACUUUGCCUUUUUUUCGUAUGACUCCAUGUCUCUCUUUUAUUCAGUAAACACAUUUAUACUCUGUGCUGCACAUGUCACAAAUAAAUGUACGAUGAACAUCGUUACGCACCGGAGACGUUGCAUUAUGUCCAGACAAUCUUAGGCCAAUAAAACAAACAUCAACUGCUUA